CCGUCGUAUCCAGGUCCUGGUUCUCCUUGAUGGCCUCAACAGUAGGCCACGAGUCUUCCUUUCUAGGGACGAAUCGAGAGUCGCUCAGCUUCGACAGUACAAGAUGCCAUCCAUAGGUGUUGCUUAGAGACAACUCUGCCCGUCCUAGUUGUCAGUCUCGGCUAUUGCAUUUUCUCAACAAAACUACGAUUUUUAACUUACGACGCAAUGAUUUCUUUGGCUUUCCACUGGAGAGUUGGGGGGAGGGGAAGAUUGAGAGGAAGAAGAACAGGAGGAAGAAGAAGAAGAAGAGGAGGAGAGAGAGAGAGAGAGAGGCAGAUAUCAACAAGGCGAAAGACACUUUUUUUUAUGUUUUCGGCAUCUUAUCACUAUACCACCUUGUUUUGCUGCCGGGAGCCCGUCAUCUUCAGGCAGAUCAGAUGCAUGGCUCGGCGCUUUUUAUAUCUUUAUUUUAAUCAAUUCGGCUACACAUGCCGCAUUAUACUCACUUGGAACCAUUCUUGCAAAGAGAGAGAAAGUUGCACGCGCAUCUUCGACACGAUGUCACGCUAACCAUUGGCACACACUACAACCCAAUCCAACACAACACAACCAUUGCAUCAGCGAAGCGCACGCAAGAUGCGACAUGGAAAUCCUUCCCCACACGCCGCGAUACAGCAACGUU